AUGAUUUAUUCACAGGGCUUCAAUUUCAAUUCCUACGUCGAGAAAGGCGUCGACCCUCGCACCGGCCAGUACAACUGCACCAUUUCUCUCUAUGAAGUGCCGGCUGGGGUUCGUAACUGCCCCCCAUUGAACCUUUUCCUCCACUAUAAUCCCCUGGGAGGUGAGGAUGUCGGCCUCGGACGGGGCUGGUCUUUUGGCGGUCUCUCAUCCUACGACCAGCCGUCCAGGACCCUUGUUCUGUCCACCGGUGAGAAUUAUCAAGUCCGGGAAAGCAUCAGCUCCGUCACGGUGACGGACCAGAAGCUCAAGAGUUUCAUAUUCCAGAAGAUGACCGCCACAACCUACUGCGUUACCCUCAAGUCAGGCCAAGUGGAAUUACUCUCCAACUUCAACAAUCGGGCCUCUGACCUGGUCGAGAUCGUCUACAAUGACAGCGCGCAGACAGCCACUGUCACAAAAGCGCCGGGGACCGCCGAGGCCGCAACCUUUGCGCUGGUGAAGCGCAAUGGCCAACUGGCGGAGCUGCGCCUGCCGCUGGAGGGCUCGCCGGCCUGGAAGUUCACGUAUGGGACGGCUGGCCUGACCAAUAUCACCAGCCCGACAGGGGCAAUGGAAAGCAUUUCCUACAGGGUCGCGGGCUUCCGGCUACCCAGCGGUGCGCCGGUCAGUACCAUCCCUUACGUGAUCUCGCAUACGGCGCGACCCUUCCAUGGCCAGCCGGCUAUCCAGACGACCUACAGUUACUCGGACCACAAUUUCCUCGGCUACGGCGGAGGCAGGAACUGGACCAGCGAUGGUGAUAACCUCUACCUCACCCCGGCCGACUAUGAAUAUUCCUCCACUGUGCAGGUGGUGGGCGGAACUACCACUAGGCAUAUUUACAAUAAAUUCCACCUGCAGCUUAGUACGCAGCAGCAGAAGGGCGUCAAUCAGCUCACACAGGCCACCACGUACUAUGCUCGCAGCAAUACCCCCUUUGAGGACCAGCCGGCCCAAUAUCAGUUGCCUCAGACUCAAGAUACCAUCUAUCGGGACACUUCCACCGGAGCAUCGCGUGUCGAGACAACCCGGUUCACGUUUGACGACUGGGGGAACGAGACCAGCGAAACACCCCCGAGUGGUGUCACGACCAGCCGCGAAUACUAUGCUGCUGCCGGCGAGGUGGCCUCUGGCCAGGUCCUCUGCCCGGCUGAUCCGCACGGAUUCCAGCGCUAUGUCAAGCUGGAGACCGUUAUACCUGCUGCCAGUGUCUAUUCGACGCCCACCCGCGCCCAGAGCUACACAUACAUUGAGCUCCCUACGGCAGCCGCAGGCCGAACCGGCUAUUUCGUGGCUAGUGGCAAGCGGCUAACCCGGGAGGGAAGCCAAACCCUUGCUACCACGGAAUACACCUACGUGAACCAGCCGGAGUCCGCGGAUCAUGGCCGACGACAGCAGCAGGACUCGCGCUUGUUCAACCAGCAUCCCACAAUAAAUAAAUUUAGGUACCAUCGUGCAAGCUCGACGGAAUUGACCGAGACCAUUACAACAACCAGCUUUGACGGCCAGACCACGCAGGAGGAAACCACCACCUCCCUCAUGUCCGGAUUGACAAUCGCAACCAAGAACCGCGCCGGCACCGAGACCACCCAUCAGCACGAUGCGAUAGGUCGGGUAACCGAGACCGUCACUGCCCUUGGCACGGCCUUCGAGGCCAGAAAGCAGCACGAAUAUGCCGUCCUAGAGAACGCCGUCGGGUGGCAAGUCACGGUGACCGACAGCAAGGGGGUGCGGACGCGAUACUUCACGGAUGGCAUGGAUCGUGUAGUUCGGGUGGAAUCCCAGGACGACGAUGGCAGCUGGGACCAAUAUCAGACGUACAAUGGUACAUUCCGCGUUGUCCAGGAGCGCCAGUAUAACGCCCUCGAUCAAUGCACCGAAGAGGUAGACAUCGACUGGCUCCGCGCCAGCGGAGCGCCCACAGAGCUACGUACAACUCGCUCCCUCGAGUACGAUGACUGGGGCGAGGUCUAUAAAGUCACGAAGAGCGGCGGAGCGGUGCAACUAUCCGUGACAGACCCUAUUGCCUUAACCCAGACCGUUGGGAUUGAGGGCGAGGGCCAGACCCGGGUCCAACACAACAUGUUUCACAACCCGAUAUCUGAGGCUUUGGUGCGGCGCAAUGGGGCCGUCGAGGGUACCAUAGCAUAUUCUUAUGAUGGACUGGGACGCCGCUGCCAGAUGACGGAUGGCUUGGGCCGUACCACGCAGUAUAGCUACGAUAGCUUCGAUCGCGUGGUCAAGACAACAUGGCCCGAUGGCCACGCUAUCAUUACCCAGUACGCUGCCGAGAGCACCACGGCCUUGCCUGUGGCUAUCAAUCUUCAGGGCUCCUCUGGCUUCAGUCACCAAUCGUUUGAUGGAUUGGAGAGGCCGCUGCACACUACUGUCGGCGGCCGCACCACUAGCAACACAUAUCAAGGCGUUGCCCCCGUCCCUGCUCAGAUCACCACUCCAAAAGGAGAGCGCUCCAACCGCACGUAUGAGCCGGCAUUGGACUAUGCAUUGACAGGAAGGGUCACCAGAGAUGGUACCGACUCGUAUCAACACGACAAGCAAACCGGCGAUCUCUUGCGCCUGGAGGGUUCGCUCGCCGCGGCUAGCCUCAAUUAUUACCCAUCCACUCUGCUGUCUAAGGAGACUGUUCAGACCGCUGAUGGGGCUCGCGCCUUGGAGUACGUGUACUCACAGGCAGGCAAGCUACAAGAGUACACCGAUGUCCACGAGAAACAGCACGCGAUCCAGUACGAUGAGUAUGGCCGGCUGCAGGAGAUCAGCGUCGGAACGCUCACAGUUAGGCUCAGUUAUGAUCAGGCAGACCGCGUUAUCAUGACCGUGGCCGAGGAUAGCGAAAAGGGUGUGGCCCUGACGACCAAUAUUGGGUACGACGAGUUCGGCCGCGAAAUUCAGCGAAAGGUCUGGAAGGGGGCGACGCUCUUGUUCCAGUCCACCCAGUCCUAUGGGGCAACGGGGCUGGUCGACGCACGCGAUCGAAGCGAUGGCACCGGCACUCUGGUGCGACAGGAAACCUUUGAGUAUGACAAUUUAAGCCGGUUAGUGGACUACCAGUGCCAGGGCACACAGCCCCCGGUGGACGAGCAAGGCCGCGCUCUUCGCCGUCAGCGAUUCACGCUGAACGACUAUGAUGGAUUCACCCAGAUCCAGACCACCUUUGUGGAUGGCAGUGAGGAGACCCAAGCCUACACGUACAGUGCUCAAGAUCCGACACAGCUUAUCAGCAUCUCUAACACACACUCCCAUGAAGUGGCGGUUGUCAAUCUCGAGUAUGACGAGAACGGGUGUAUAACGCGCGACGAGAACGGGCGGACGCUGGUCUACAAUGCGUCAAAUUUGCUGUCCGCAGUUUAUGAUAGCCAGAACCAACUCCUCUGCGAGUAUGGGUACGAUGCAACAGACCGGCUUGUCCGUCAAUCAAUCCCUAAUGAACCGGACACCCAAUUUUCUUACCGCGGGGACUCGUUGAUCGCCGUAACCAAGGGGGACCACCAGACGAGCUUGGUUUCAAACGGGGGGAUAUACUGGGGGGAAGUCCAGCAGCAGGGGACUGAGGUGUUCACCCAACUGUGGGCGCCCGAUGCCAGCCACUCGGUUGGCACCUGGCUGGAUACGCGGGAUAUAGAACAGGUUCACGACCAAGCGUACACGCCCUAUGGGUUCAGCGUCGACGGAGCGACUAUCGGCUUGAACGGACAAUGGCGAGACCCGAUCACCGGGUGGUACCACCUGGGAAACGGCUAUCGUGUGUACAAUCCGAGUCUGAAGAUCUUCCUGCAGCCGGACGCCUGGACCCCCUUUACCUCGGGCGAACUCAAUCCGUACGCCUACUGCUUGGCGGACCCGGUCAAUCGCACCGAUCCGAGCGGCCACUGGAGUCGCCUCCGAGGAUUCUUUCAGUUCCUGGCUAGCAUAACCGUUGCCAUUGGAAUUGCCGUCUUCACCGGAGGGGUUGGAUUUGUUGCUGGCGUAGCGAUUGGGGUCGCUGUGAAUGUAGGCGUCGGGGCCGCCUACGAUCUGGCGACAGGGACAACUCCCACGCUGAAAAGCAUAGCCUCCGAUGCUUUCUCCGGAGCAGUUGGUGGAGUCGCUGGCGGCAUUGUCGGGAAGGCCGUUAACCCAUUGCCUUCGGCGCUGGCAAGCGCAACGGCGAAGAUUAAGCAGGCAAUCGCUUUGGAGGUCGCCACAACCGCCAUUACCGCGCCCGGGACUAUUGUCUAUGGAGCCUUGGGGAAUCUCGUUACAUCUCAUGUGAAGAACAACAAGAAGGGCUCCCAGACGCAAGAACCCCUCGCCACGACCGCCGGCUAUCUGGCGGGGUUGCCCAUAGAGAACCUUCGACGACAGCAGGCAAGCGCUUCUCCGAGCCAACAGAUUAUCUCGCAAGCUGCCGGCCAGUCGUCAAGUCAUGAUGGGUCGUCUUCCGAUACCGUCUCAGCCCGGAUCUCCUCCCGAGAGACGGUCACUGCCGAGGAUUUCAGGUCGAACUCCCUCGUGGGAUCCACCUUUGUUGGCUCACAGUUCACGCUUCAGCUAAGCCCAAACCACCGGGUAUUCUUUACCAUCGACGCGCAGGCAGCGCAUGUACCAGCCUGGGAUGUCAGCGGGACUUCGUUGAGUGCGGCUACACACUAGCUUGGCGGGAUGAGUUUACUCGGUUAGUUAGGCUUCUGGCUGGCAGUUUGCGGAGUGUGAAGAUCAACGGUCCCGAUUUGGUGAAUCGCUUGCACAUACUUUUCUCGGUGCGGGAUCCAGAAGUCCGGUGAUCUUCGCAGUAUGUGAUCUUGCGGGAUGUCAACCUCCUGCGUCGUGAGGAUAAAAAAAGCACAUUUUCAUGUACCCCUAAUCGCGAAGUCCUAG